CUUUUACCUAACCCUGCACCAUGGUUAAUAAUGGAAUUAGUGCAAAAGAAAAAGAACUCUGGUAAAUCUGCCAGUAUGAAAGAGCUUCAUGGUAAAGUAGCCAGGGAGGUGGCUUUGUUAAGUGAGGAGUACAAGCAUCUUGAAAAGAAAGAGACUUUUUUGAGAUCGGAAGUUCUUCUUCAUCUAACUGAAUUAUCCCAUAAAGGAGACUUAAGUUCUGUUGUCAUCACUAAUCACAAGUUAAUGCUGCAGAGAGAUCAUUUAGACAUCUUACAAAAAAAUCUGGAAUGCAUUAGAAAAUCUUCGGGAAUUGAAGUAACACAAGUUGAGGACAACCUAGAUAUUGUGGAAAGUCCAGAGGAAGAUGUUGCUGAAGAUAUAAAAUUAAUUAAUGAAUCUCGUUCUGCAAAAAGGAAGAAAGACGAAGAAAAAGGUUUAAUCAAAUCUAUGCAAGUUAAAGGGGAAAUAGGUCAAUUUAAAAUGGAAACUAAAUUGGUAACUCAGUAUUUGGUUAACUACCAUAGUAAGCAGAGAGAGAUUCCAUAUGUAAAUGUUAACCCAUUACCUGACUGUGUCCAGUUAAUGUAUCAGGCAUUCCAGCCAAUUGAACCUAGCCACCUGAGCCAUUUUAUGAAUAGUCUUUAUUAUUUUGAGAUGCUUACAGAAGAGAGAGAGGAAACUGCCCUAAUGCUUGAAGAAAAUUUACAAGUUAAGACUAUAAAAACAUCAGAGCCUUGGAUAUUAGAAUUUUCUCCAGCUGUAGAUCAAGAUAUCAUUGUGGAAUGGGGAUUUACUUUUAAGAAAAAGAACCUUUGUUUACAGAAUAGCAUAUCCAUAAACUGCACUGAUGAAGUUAUUGCCUUCUACAGCCAGAGCGAGGAAGUAUUUUUAUACUUGUCUGCUGGGAAAGAACUCAAAACGUCCAUUGAUAUCAUUAGAUUUUUUAAAUCAUUUUCUUAAUUAUCUCAGAAAUAAGUUCAUUUUGGUAAUCAUAGAUGUUCUAUAAACCAAAUUUUUAAAUACUGUAAGUACAUUAAUGUACUUUUACUGUAGUUGUUUAGAGUUGAAGGAUUUUAGAGAUUUUAUGUGAAGUACAGUAUUGUGUACAGUAGAGUUAGUGGUUGGUACUUCUUCCAGUUGAUGGGUUUUUUUGCCCACAUCACUUUUAUACAAGUUAGAUUUAGUUAAUACAUGUAUUUUAUAUAUUCAACUAAUUUUAAAUUUGAUAGCUGUCUCAUAGAAAUACUAACUAAUUUUAAAUUUGAUGGUGGUCACAUAGAAAUAAAGUGUGUGUCUUUGAUAGAGUAACAUACAGUGAACAAAUAAAUAGAAAUGAGUCAAGAACACCAGCUAUAUUAAUACAGAAACUAUGUUAGCACUAAAUGUCACCACUUGUGGGAAGAACAGAUUAGUUAUUUAAGUAACAAUGUCACUACUAUAUGAAUUGUAUAUUCUCAUUAAAACUGCCCCAUUUAA